UAUUGACUUCACAAUGUCAGAGAUCAGAUUCAGCAAUCUCACUUGGGAUCACAUCACAACACUGGAUCGUGUGUUAGAUGAAGUAAUCCCAAUUCAUGGAAGGGGCAAUUUCCCCACGCUGGAGGUAAAACCAAAAUACAUUGUUCACGUUGUGAAAGAACAACUCAUAAAGCAAGGCAUUGUUGUUAAAGAUACCAGACUGAAUGGCUCUACGGCAAGUUACAUACUCGCAAGCCAUAAUGGAAUCAGCUAUAAAGAUUUGGACAUUAUUUUUGGUGUUGAUCUACCAAGUGAUCAAGACUUUCAGGUCGUUAAGGAUGCAGUUUUAGGCUGCCUACUUGACUUUUUACCAAAAGGUGUUAAAAAAGAAAAGAUUACUCUAAAAACCAUGAAAGAAGCAUAUGUACAGAAAAUGGUCAAAAUUUGCAAUAACCAGGACCGUUGGAGUCUCAUCUCUCUUUCAAAUAACACUGGGAAGAAUGUAGAACUAAAAUUUGUGAAUUCACUCAGACGACAAUUUGAAUUUAGUGUAGAUUCUUUUCAGAUUCUUUUGGAUUCCAUGUUAGAUUUCUAUAGUGUCCCAAAUGCUAAGCUAACCGAAGAAUCCUGUCCUGUUGUGGUGGCUGAAAGUAUGUAUGGGGAUUUCCAAGAAGCAAUGAUACAUUUAAAAUACAAGCUUAUAUCUACCAGAAAACCUGAAGAGAUCAGAGGUGGUGGCCUUUUGAAAUAUAGCAAUUUGUUGGUUCGCGACUUCAAACCAGCUUGUCAAACAGAAAUUAAGACUCUGGAACGUUAUAUGUGUUCUAGAUUUUUCAUUGACUUCCCUGAUGUAGCAGAACAGCAAAAGAAAAUUGAAUCGUACCUCCGCAACCAUUUCAUAGGUGAAGAAAAAAGCAAGUAUGACUACCUUAUGACCUUGCAUGGAGUUGUGAACCAAAGCACUGUCUGCCUCAUGGGUUAUGAAAGAAGGCAGACCCUUAACAUGAUCACCCUUUUGGCUUUGAAAGUACUUGGAGAACAGAAUAUUUUACCCAAUACAAACAAUGUUACUUGCUUUUAUCAACCUGCUCCAUACCUAGUUCUUGAGGGAGGGUACCCUAGUUAUUAUGUAGCAUCUGGGCCACCACUUGUUUAUUUCCAGCCAUGUCCUGCAGUACAGUUUCCUGUGCGAAAUGGUAUGAUGUAAGAAAGACAUAUACCAGAAGUUUU